AUGAGUAAUGAAAAUAAACAAUUGAUCCCACCAUUCAGAUUCGCUAUUAUUGAAGAAGGUCUAUAUAGAGGAUCAUAUCCGACAGAAAAGAAUCUAAGAUUCCUAAAAAGAUUGAAAUUAAAGACAAUAGUUUCUCUAACACCAAAACCACCACUUAAGCCAUUUCUAAACUUUUGUGAAAGAUACAACACCACCAGCAAACACUUUCCAGUCUCGAAAUUCAAAGAUGAUGUUACCAUUGAUGCAUCUCAAGUCGUUCAGUUACUUGAGCUUAUGAUUGAUCCAGCUAAUCUUCCGUUGUAUUGUCACUGUUUAGAUGGUGCCAAUGUGACCGGUACUAUAUUUAUGUGUCUUAGGAAAGUACAGAAUUGGAACUUGUCGGCGAUCAUAUCAGAGUUUACCAGAUUCACCCGUGGCACUUGUAUAUCUUCGUCAGAGUCAGAGUUUGUAGAGACAUUCAAGGCUGAACUCGAUAUUCCACUUACCAUUCCCACGUGGCUAUGGCAAGGUGUUAGAAUGACAAAGCAUCCAACACUUAAACUACGUUUAAUUGGUCCGUCACCAACACAACAUCAACAACAACAACACCAUAGUCAACAUCAUCAUCAUCAACAGCAACAUCAACAACAACAACAGAUAGGUGGCAGUGCAUUUGCAUUGAUAAACAACGGUGGUGGUAAUUCACCAGCUAUAAACAGUCCAACCAAUUCAUCACUACAAACACAACAGACAUUACAAUCAACAACAACAAUAUCUCCACUUGUAACAGGUGUAAAUAGCAAUACAAAUAUAUAUUCGAACCAGCAGUCAACACUGACGUCGACUACUACUUCUAUCGAGAAGAAUAGUAAUAGUAAUCAACUAACAAUACAAAUUAAUAAUAAUAACAAUAGUAAUAAUAAUAAUAAUCAAACAACGACAACAACAACAAAGACACCAAUAUUAAAUUCAAUAGGUGUUCAAUCAUCAUCUUUAAAUCCAUCGACACCAUCAGGUAGUAAUGUCAUUCCAAGUAUAUCUACUCUGAUAGCUAGUGGUGGUAUUAGUGGAGGUGCAAUUGGAUCGAGUGCUGGUAAUAAUCCAUCGUCGUCAUCUUCAUCAUCAUCAUCAACAUCACACACCAAAGACAAAGACAAAAAGAAAAAGAUUGAAGAUAUCAAAUUACAGUUUGAUGCCGGUAAGUUCAAUCAAGUGGUCGACUCAAAGUCACUCGAUGCACUCUCACUCGAGCGUCUACCAAUAAUUCAACAGCAACAACAAAGUUCAACAAUGAGCACAUCGACAGUGUCCAACAGUACUACUACUACUAGCACAAGCACAGCAGCGACACCAACCACCAACCGAACACUACUACAAACUUCAUCGGAAGUUGCAUUCACCAAUAUCAAUUUACUUCAAAACCUAAACAUUGCAAAACAACAACAGCAACAGCAACAAAAUAAUGAAAAUUAA